AUGGUCAUUGUCAAUCUUUUUUUGCAAACGGACGGUACUGCCGCCGCGAUAGGACGCGUUGGUAACGACCUGAAAUACCGUGUGUCGGUGACUGGAAUAAUUAAAGAAGUGCUGGGAAAGCACAGAAAAAGCCUGAAAUACUGCUUGCUCGCGGUGAAUUCUGCUCUGGCAGCUGGUGCUCCAAAGCUUAGUUAUCACUUUGCAUCAUCUCACAAGUACGUUCCCAGAAGAGCUGUGCUCUAUGUACCUGCAGAUGAUGAAAAGAAGAUACGAAAAAUCCCUUCCCUACACGUAGACUGUGCGGUGCUGGACUGCGAAGAUGGUGUUGCUCUCAACAGAAAGAGAGAAGCAAGACUGGCAGUGGUGAAAACACUUGAAGAGUUUGACUUUGGCCACACGGAAAAAUGCGUUCGGAUAAACUCUGUGUCCAGUGGUUUGGCAGAACAAGAUCUGGAGGUGCUUUUGCAGUCCGGGACUCUUCCUUCAAGCAUCAUGCUGCCAAAAGUUGAAAAUGUUGACGAAAUAAAAUGGUUUUCAGACAGGUUCUCCCACCACUUAAAGGGCCGGACACUUGUAGAACCAAUGAAUUUUAUCCCUUUUGUGGAAACCGCACUGGGCUUGCUCAAUUUUAAGGCUGUCUGCGAAGAGGCACUGAGAGCAGGCUCCCGAGCUGGCUUUCGUUUGGACGCGGUCGUCUUUGGAGGAGAGGAUUUCCGUGCCAGCAUAGGCGCAACAAGCAGUAAGGAAACUCACGAUAUUCUGUAUGCCAGGCAAAAAAUCAUAGUAACAGCCAAGGCCUUUGGCCUGCAAGCUGUAGACCUCGUCUACAUCGAUUUCCGGGACGAGGACGGGCUCCGCAAGCAAUCCAGGGAAGGCGCCUCCAUGGGAUUCACGGGUAAGCAGGUGAUUCACCCUAACCAAAUUGCUGUUGUCCAGGAACAGUUCUCUCCAAGCCCUGAAAAAGUAAAGUGGGCACAAGAGCUGAUUUCUGCUUUUGAAGAACAUCAGCGAUUAGGAAAGGGAGCCUUUACUUUCCGUGGGAGCAUGAUAGACAUGCCAUUACUGAAGCAGGCACAGAACAUUGUUACGCUUGCCACAGCCAUCAAGAAAAAAUGAUCUGGUAAAUGAAGCUCUCACCAUGUGGCCACAGUAGCUGUUUUAAAAGAUGACUAUCCUU